AUGCUGCCAGCAUUCCUCAAGGACUCUUACAAGCAGUACAAGAACGAUACGACACGCUUCACGACAUGGCUCGUCAAUGCUGCCGUGCCCUAUGCUUCAAGCCAGCAGGUCUGGCAUCUGCGCCUCCAGCAAAGAAGAAAUCCCCACCUGACUGUCCUAGGAACACAAGAAGUAUCGGUCUCGAACAGUGAGCUGAUCAAAGCUGCCCUCCCGCUCGCAGAUUCACAGCACAAAGCGCCGUCGGCCUUACUCACCGUCCUCCGCAGGGCCAUCUCCUUGAGAAAGAAUGUAACAGCCUGGUGCCUGGGUCGACGGGACAAGAUCUCCAAUAGUCGACAUGCACAUUUUGUCGAAGUACUCGAGCAAAUUGUCGAGACUUUAGCAUGGGAGACUGCAAAUGUGGUCAGCAAGAAGAUCAGCAAUGAAUCGCAAGACAAAGUUCGUGAGCAGAACAAGGAGGACGAUGCACAGAGCUGGAUCAACCGAUUCGCCGCACUCGAAGUUGAAGAUUUGGAAGACGUUGAAUCCAGAUCAGACAGCCUUCAGAUCAUCAAAGCUGUGCCAGUGGAAGAAGAGGACUCUGACGAUGAUGGAGGUGCCCUGUCUGAUAUGUUCUUCAGACUCUACUGCUUGUUCUCUGAUCUCCACAACUGGAGAUUGUUCCUCCAGGAAGUGUGGAGAGAGUACGCUGAUAGGUCUCUGGACCUGAUGACUGCUUCGGUUGUAACGGACACCGCACUGCAGCUGUCGCGAGACUUGAUUGAUAGUGCCCUCAAAGAUCUGCCAGACGAGCUUCGGCUCCGCUUGGUAGAUGGCGAAGCGAUGUCGGUCCUAAUGUUCAACACUGCUUGCAUGUUCCGUGACGGCGACAUGACACCCUCCACUCAUUUGGGCCUUACAUACAACGUCGCCAUGGAUGAUGUCGCAGAAAAAUGCUACAUCAAGCCUUUGAUUCUGCUGCAGUCUAUGAUCCCGGUCUUGCAGGCUGGUAACGUCCCAGUGUACAAGCCAGGAUACUUUGGCACAUAUGACCCAAAGACAGAUCGCGAGAAGAAAUCUGUCCCCGAAAAAUUCCAGGAAGACAAGAUAAUCCUGUUGGAGAUCUUCCCUGAGUUCUGCCAGCUCGAAGCGCGAGUUGGCUUGGACUUACCAGUACGAGAUGAGAUCACGGCGGGCUUCAUCGACUUUCUCAAAAAGAAGAAGGUCAGUUUGUGGCUAAGCUUUGCCGUUCAGAUACUUCUCGAUGCUCACCACGCCUGCCGCCGCAGCCGAACCGGAGCCUUUGGCGACUUGCGGAUGUGCAGCUUGCGGAUCACUCGAACAAUAGACGACUACUUCAAACUCGCACAGACACACCCUCAGCCUGGAUUCUGGCCAAAGACUGCCGAUGAGGGAAUUAAGGACAUACGCACCUGCAUUGAAACCAUGAUCGAGAAAGACAUUCUCCGAGAAAUCACGAAAAGUGCUCACAUCACAGUUGGACGAUCAUCAUAUUCACCUCCGUCGCACCUCUUGUUCUCCCGCCACCCAGUAUUUUGUGGUCUGUUCAUGUUGCAGCUCAAUCUGAGAAUGCAGACAUGUGGACAAGCACUGAUCAAUCAAUGGUACGAUGUCCAGCAGUUGGCUUUUCUGGCCAAUCUCGUCCAGCAACAGGCCCCAGGACCGAAACUACACUGGCCAGAUAUUGACGUUUUCGUGCGCAUCCAUGGAGAGAAGCAGAUCUUCAUUGGUGAUCGACCGAAGGACGCAGCUCAGUCCCUGAAUCGUUUGGAGCUUGCAACGGGCAUUUCAUCCGCUACUCGCUUGGCAAAAGACACAAGAGGUGGCCGGAAGGAGUGGCAUCGUCCAUAUGGCAAGGAUGCUAGACUGCUGAAGCCCACCAACAAAGCGGUCAAUCUGUUCAGAGCACGCUACGAAACUUACCAACACUCCAAUGCGGAACUUCGUGUGGUACAGCACUCCGACAUCAGCAAGUACUUGGACCUACUGUCUCAGGAGUCCACCGAGUCUGGAAAAGCCGUGGCCAUAAAUGGAAGUGGCCCGCUACCGGUAGACAAACUUACCAACAGUCGGUGGCGAAAAGAACAGCAUAUCAGUGGGUUGCAAUUGCUGUCAUUGAUGAAACGCCAGCUGUACGAAGAGGAGCCGAUUCUCACCUUCGACUACUUUGGCAUGCACAAGCGAUGUAUCGAAGUAUUGCGCCUGAUCAAAGCCAAAGAACACCACAAAUUUGUCCAGUAUUUCACAGACAGAUACAUGCCCAACGAUUCCUUCAUAGCCAAUCUGGUGCUACUGAUCCUGCACGUGGCGCGCGGCUCCGGGAACACUGCUAAGAGCAUGAAUUUCGCCACAGACGAAAAAGCCGUAAGUCGGAUGGUGGUGAGCUGCGGCGAAGUCAUGGCUGAGUACCUGAAAACAAACGGAGAGACCGCGUGCAAGCAGCUGAAGACUUUUUGUGUCAAUAAGAGGGCUGUCGAAAGAUUGAUCGCGGACGACAAGGCAGCUGUUGACAGCCAAGUAUCAGAGAAGGGUGUCUAUACCAUGCUCAGCUUGGAAGAUGUCAUUGGGCCGUUGGCUAUUGAAUCGAUCAGGACGGGGAUUCCGAUCGGAUAA